AUCCGCCUCCGUUUUCAAACUUCAAUCAUCCUCUCCCUCCUCUGCAAUCUGAGCAUUCCAAGAACUGCAUUCAUGGAAACCAAAGCAGGGGUUGAUCUUUGGUCGAAAAUCAUAGCUUCCGAGGAACAAGAGGGGGCACACAAAACCCAGAAUCAAAGUCAUCAAUCAGAGGAGAAAACCUCAAAACAACCCACCAAGAUGCAGUCUUGAUGCAGGUGGAUCUUAGUGACCUGAAUCGGGUGAGUUUAGCAGGUGUCAUCAAGUAGGUUUACGUGCUCCUUCCAGAUAUUCAUGUAAAAUUGACGACUUUUCUUUCAAGUGCGAUCAAAUUAUGUUCUUUCACUGUUUACUUCAAGGAAUGUUUCCCGUGGUUGCCAAUAAGGGUUGAUGAUAGCUUUGAUCUGCUAAUGCCAUUGAAAUUUUCUCCUGCUUGACUAGUUUAUGGUGUGAAGAAUCAGGCUCAAAAAAAGUUGGCAAAAGGAAAGGGAAAACCACCACUUCAUAAAGUAUUCUCUGUUACUCAGUUCUUUAUAAAUAGUCUGCCCUUAACCUUGAUUCCAUAUAGCAUUUGUGUUCCUUACCUUGAGUUAUAUGCUUAUUACUCCAUGACAUGUGAUUGUCAAUAUUGUUGUUUAAGGUCCUCCCUGGUAUUAGAUAGCUAUAUUGACUUCUAUAAAUGCUAUAAAUGUAUCUUUUUACUUUUACGGGGAAGGUUGCAGACCCUCCAAGCUUUAAGAAGGAGAGAGAAUUCUUUCAAGAAGUUGAUGCCUUUCGAGUUUUUUGGGGAGAGCCCAUCAGCCAUCCUGAAAGAAUUGGUUGCGGAGGCUGCAUUCGCCCAAACUCUUAACAGUUUAUAGGGAAUUUGGGCAUGGUGUUUCUAAUGCUUGCACAAUGUUUAUAGAAACAUGAAAGUAUUCCACGUAGAAGUUCCUGUUCUAUUUGUUCACCUUUUUUUUUCUUUUUUUCUUUUUUUUUUUUUUUGGGUUUUGGAAACAAUGCGUUGCAUACUUCAAUUCACAAACACUCUUCAUUCUUAGUUGGCUUGCCAGGAUUAUUUUGCUGGGUAAUUGUGCUUCAUUUUGUGGGAAACAAGGCAUGCAUCUUUCUGCAGUUUGGUUGGCACACGACAAUCACUUCUAUCUGAGCUAAAAGUUUGCCUUUCCUAAAGAGAGAUAGACUAAUGACAUAUUUUAUGGAUUUAAGUAGGGCUUCAUCAAUCUCAAUUUUCAUUGAUGCUGAUUAGGGGAACAUCUAUUUGUCACAGGGAAGUAUACUUCUGAAUAGAAAUGACAAUUGUACCAUGAAGUUUAUUUAUUUUUUUAAAUCAUUGAUGCUGAACCUUGUUGGUUUUUGUUGUUUUACAGUGUCUGCCAAAUAAAUGUAAUAUAGUUGCUGAAUUUGGUUGACAUACGACUUCUACUCCUGAAGAAAACCUUUGUUAGCGAUUUUCUUCCCUUGAAUGAGGAAAACCAUUGAAAUUUUUUCUUUCUUUCUUUUUUUGGGUUUUGGAGUUAAUAUGACAUACCACAUGUUCUGAAAUAUGCUUUCAAUGCGAAAAGGUGUCGACAGCAAGCGUGGCAUAUCUUCUUCUGCACUUACAAUUAAAAGCUAGUGCAUUUACUUUCUAGAAAGGUAAGAAACAUCCUGAAAGUCA